AUGCUCUUUAAAAGCAUCGUGUCAACGGCUAUCUUAGCCGCCGCCCUGUGCACGGAUAACGUAUCUGCUGCCAAACAUGGCCGGUUCGGCCAAAAGGCCCGCGAUUCUUUGAACCUGGCCAAGCGAGCUGCGGAACAGCAGAAGUCGUCAUUCAAGACACCGCUUGACGAUUUCCGUUUCCUAACCAAUAAAACAAAAUCCUACCGGGUCGACCACCUCCCAGAUGUUCCCUUCGAUGUGGGCGAGAUGUACUCGGGGUUGGUCCCCAUCGACAAGGAUGACAAGUCAAGAGCUCUUUUCUUUGUAUUCCAGCCCACUCUUGGCGAUCCCGUUGACGAGAUCACAAUCUGGCUCAAUGGAGGCCCGGGAUGCAGCUCUCUGGAGGGUUUCUUUCAGGAAAACGGCCGGUUUACAUGGCAGCCUGGCACCUUUGCGCCCGUGGAGAACCCAUACUCGUGGGUGAACUUGACAAAUGUGCUUUGGGUCGAACAACCAGUUGGUACAGGAUUCGCAAUUGGCAAACCCAACGCGACAACCCAGGAGGAAACUGCCGAGGACUUUGUGAGAUUCUUCAAGAAUUUCCAGGAGCUCUUUGGCAUCAAAAACUUCAAGAUCUACGUUACUGGUGAAAGCUAUGCGGGCCGUUAUGUGCCGUACAUCUCCGCUGCCAUGCUGGACAGGAACGAUACGGAGCACUAUGACCUGAAAGGUGCCCUGGUAUACGACCCCUGUAUCGGCCAACACGACUACGUCCAGGAAGAAGUGCCAGCCGUGCCCUUCGUCCAGCAAAACGCCAACCUCUUCAACUUCAACACCAGCUUCAUGGAGGAACUGGAGAAGCUUCACGACUCAUGCGGCUACAAGGAGUACCUAGACGAGUACCUCGUCUUCCCCCCGGCCGGCGUGCAACCCCAGAAGUCCUUCAACUACACCAGCGACGCCGACUGCGACGUCUUCGACCUGAUCAGCAAUGAAGCCAUGGUCGCCAACUCCUGUUUCGAUAUCUACGAGAUCAAUCUCAUGUGCCCCCUGGCCUGGGAUGUUCUCGCCAUGCCCACUGCAUUCAAUUACCAGCCCGCCGGGGCGACCGUGUAUUUCGACCGCCCGGACGUCAAGCGAGCCAUGCACGCGCCGCUGAAUGUCACCUGGUCGGGUUGUUCAAGCGAGAACGUCUACGUCGGCGGCGACGCCGGCCCCGAGCAGGAGGGAGAUUUAUCUGCGAACCCGAUCGAGCACGUCCUGCCGCAGGUGAUCGAGGGCACGAACCGUGUUCUGGUUAGCAACGGCGACUUCGACAUGAUCAUCCUCACGAACGGGACGCUCUUGGCCAUCCAGAAUAUGACCUGGAAUGGGCAACUCGGAUUCCAGUCUGCGCCUGCCACGCCCAUCGCCAUUGAUCUGCCUGAUCUCGCGUGGGGCGAGGUGUUCGAGGAGAAUGGCCAGGCCAUGCUGCAGAGCCAGGGUGUAAUGGGUGUUCAGCAUUAUGAGCGCGGUCUUAUGUGGGCCGAGACUUACCAGUCCGGACACAUGCAGCCGCAGUAUCAGCCGCGGGUGUCGUAUCGCCAUCUGCAAUGGCUGCUGGGUCGCGUUGAUAAGCUUUAA